AUGGCUCCCCACAAGUCAGAGGGAAAGCUGAGCGCUGAAAUGCCUGUGCAAGUCCAAGCACAGAGCACAGACUUUGAUAUCGACUACGAGAAGCAUGGCGCCCAGCGCGAGGCAAACCCGUUGCCGGAUCUCAAGCGGAAGCUGAAGAGCAGACAUCUGCAGAUGAUUGCCAUUGGCGGCACAAUAGGUACCGGUUUAUUCAUUGGUAGCGGCACCGCCAUUGCUCACGGAGGACCUGUGGGCGCUCUCAUCGCUUAUAUUUUUGUCGGAACGAUCGUGUACUCGGUCAUGACCGCCCUUGGAGAAAUCGCAACAUAUAUCCCGAUUCCUGGUGCAUUCACUUCAUACGCUGCUCGCCUGAUUGACCCUAGUCUGGGCUUUGCUAUGGGUUGGAUCUAUUGGUUCUCGUGGGCAUCAACAUUUGCGUUAGAAUUGACCGCAACUGGUUUAAUCAUUCAGUUCUGGGACAGCAGCAUUCCGAUCUCUAUUUUCAUUGCCGUCUUCUGGGUCGUGAUUAUCAUUUUCAACAUGCUGCCCGUGGCCUUUUACGGUGAACUCGAAUUUUGGUUCGCGAGUAUCAAGGUUAUUACCGUGGUUGGCUUCAUGAUCUUCGCGAUCUGUAUGAAUGCCGGUGUCGGUAAAGAAGGGUACAUCGGUUUCCGGUACUGGGUGCACCCCGGUCCGUUCUUCCCUUACUUGAUUGAAGGCAACGAUUCGUUGGCCAAGUUUGUUGGAUUCUGGUCUACCCUUAUUCAGGCCGGAUUUUCCUACCAGGGAACCGAACUGGUUGGUAUUGCCGCCGGUGAGACCGAGAACCCUCGCAAGACCGUCCCAUCUGCCAUUCGCAAAACCUUUUUCCGUAUCGUCUUCUUCUUCAUCCUGACGAUCUUCUUCCUCGGAAUUGUCGUUCCCUCCGACGACCCCGGUCUGUUGGCUAGCCAGGGCAGUGGUGCUUCCGCUCAAAACGCCAACGCCUCGCCGUUCGUCAUUGCCGCCAACCGUGCCGGCGUCACCGCUCUCCCCGGUAUCAUCAACGCAGUUCUUCUGACCGUGGUGCUUUCGGCAGCCAACUCCAACGUCUACAGUGGAAGCCGUAUCCUAGUAGGUCUGGCUCAGGAAGGUUUCGCCCCUCAUUGGUUCAAGAAAACCAGCAAGCGCGGUGUUCCUUACUACAGUGUGCUCUUCACGGCAGCCUUUGGUCUGCUCGGAUUCUUGAACGUCUCCGAUGCAGGGAGCACGGUGUUCACUUGGUUGCUUCAGAUCUCGGGUGUGGCUGGUUUCAUCACCUGGUGUUCGCUGAACGCCUGCCACCUUGCCUUCCAGCGGGCGCUUAAGGCUCGCAAUAUCUCUCGGGAUAUCCUGCCCUACAAGGCUCUCUGGCAGCCCUGGCUCUCGUGGUAUGGUCUGUUUUUCAACUGUCUGAUCAUCCUCACCCAGGGAUUCACUGCCUUCAUCCCGAACUUCCAAGUCAAGGACUUCUUCAUCAACUACCUGAGCUUGAUUUUGUUCGUGGUGUUGUAUGCGGGACACAAGAUCAUCUACCGCCCCGCCUUUGUCAAGCCCAUUGAAGCCGAUCUGGAUACCGGCCGUACCACUGCUGAAAACGAGACAUGGGAGACUAUUGAGCCAACUACAUGGUAUGGCAAGGCAUGGAAGUGGAUUUCCGGGUAA